AUGUUAACUGGUGAUAAACUUGAAACAGCUACAUGUAUUGCUAAAAGUUCGAAAUUAAUUGGACGUGAUUACGACAUAUAUACAUUUAAACAGAUAGCAACACGAGAAACUUGUUUACAAGAAAUAAAUAUGUUUAAACGAAAAAAUGAUGCUUGUUUAAUAAUAUCAGGUGAUACAUUACAAAUAUGUUUAUCAUUUUAUGAAAAAGAACUGAUGGAUAUCGCAAUUAAUUGUCCUGCUGUUGUUGUUUGUCGAUGUUCACCAACACAAAAAGCAAAUGUUGUUGAAUUAUUAAAAAAAUACGGAAAUCAUAGAGUUCGAGUUUGUGCAAUUGGUGAUGGAGGAAAUGAUGUUAGUAUGAUUCAAAGUGCACAUGUUGGUAUUGGAAUUGUUGGAAAAGAAGGUAAACAAGCAUCAUUAGCAGCUGAUUUUUCAAUUAAUCAAUUUCAAUAUUUAUCUCGUUUAUUACUUGUUCAUGGUCGUAAUAGUUAUAAACGUUCAGCAUCUUUAUCACAAUUUGUUAUGCAUCGUGGUUUAAUUAUAAGUGUUAUGCAAGCUAUAUUUUCUACAAUAUUUUAUUUUGCAUCUAUAUCACUUUAUCAAGGAUUUUUACUUGUUGGUUAUGGUACUAUUUAUACAAUGUUUCCUGUUUUUUCACUUGUUUUAGAUCAAGAUGUACGUCCAGAAAUUGCCUUACUUUAUCCAGAAUUAUAUAAAGAAUUAUCUAAAGGAAGAAGUUUAUCAUUAAAAACAUUUUUUCUUUGGGUUCUUAUAUCUACAUAUCAAGCUGCUGCAAUUAUGUAUGGUGCCUUAAUUAUAUUUGAUGAUGAUUUUAUUCAUGUUGUUUCAAUUACAUUUACAGCAUUAAUUCUUACAGAAUUAUUCAUGGUUGCUCUAAGAAUUCAUACAUGGCAUCCAUUGAUGGUUGUCGGUGAAAUAUUGAGUUUUGCAUGUUAUAUUCUAUCAUUGAUUAUACUUAAAUCUCAAUUUGAUACGGAAUUUCUUCGAUCAUGGGAUUUUAUCUGGGGUGUUACUGUUAUAACAUUAAUUUCAUGUUUACCGCUUUGUAUACUCAAAUUUCUUCAAAUUAAAUUUAAACCACCUAUUCAACAAAAACUCAUGCAAUAUGCUACUCUCAAAUAA